AGCUAAAUAAAACUAGGUCAGCUAAAACACGAUUUGUAAACAACAUUACGUGUGACUGCGGCAGAAUUAUACACACAUUGAGUAUCGAUAUAUAUAUACAAAGGCAGCCAGUGACAUUGUAUUUGUAUGCGCUGCAGAACCAGAUAGCAAUCAGAAAAUAAAAGCGCUUGAGACUUCCUGAAACCUUUUAAACAGCAGGAAGGAGUGACAGGCAAAAUUGCAGACUUGCAAAUAGAUGACGUAGAAGUGUAAAACAACAUAAUUGAUUCUCAACUUUAUGAUGGAUUGAGGAAACCUGGCAUGGAUAACUCUGGACCAGCCAACCAUUAUGACAAUUCUUCAUCUCAGUCAUCAGGAUCAUCUCCUUUCAGGAAUUACCCCCCAGCUGGGUCUCCAUCAAAGCCUCAUUACCCUUCACAAGCAUCUCCUUCAAGGUCUCAGUACGCCCCAGCCGGGUCCCCCUCCAGGUCUCAAUACUCCUUACCUGAGUCACCUUCUAGAUCGCAAUAUCCCCCACCUGAGUCCCCCUCAAGAUCACAAUAUCCCCCACCUGAGUCCCCCUCAAGAUUGCAGUAUCCCACACCUGAAUCGCCAUCAAGAUUGCAAAGCCACUCUGAGCUGCAUUCUAAACAUCAGUAUAUUCAUCCAAAGAAGACUUACAUUGCACAAAUGGGAUAUAAGUCACCAUCUGUCACCACAGAACAGGAGUUAGUAGUUAGUCAGUCUUCACCAAGACCAUACCAUAAAGGAAAAGCAUUAUUUGAAAAGGACAGCAUUGACUGGGACAAAGAUAAAGGUGUAUCCAUAGAAACACAGACAAUGUGGUCAAUCCCUCCUUCCAUUUGUUUAGACUUUGAUAAAACACUUGCAACAUGUACCCGGCCAGCAGUUUUAAAAACUAGCAUUAAACCAGAGUUUAACUCUGAAAUUAGUAAUUGCUUACACAGUAGGCCAUCUAAUGUUGAUGCUGGAACGCUAGGGUGUCAGCCAUCAAAUGAUACGGGAAGAGCUAUUCCGGCACCAAGCCAGGUAUAUGAUAAUUACGCAAAAGUGGACAAUUCACCAAAAGCCCAUAUGUCCCCGAAAGAUCAAAGUCUCCCUGGGAAGAUAGUGAAUCCAAAUAAAAGGCCAUCCUUUGAAAAUCAAGAUGAAACUUUAUUAAAGCGUAGACUUCGAGAACCUGGUUUCCAAACAUGGGACAUAGCACAAAAACAGUUACCUCAGAAAAAUACAUUCAAAGCACCCCAAACUCAACCGUCAUAUGUUGUGCCUACAAAUGGCGAAAGCAACCGCAAUCUAUCGUAUACACCUCAACGGGAAGCUUCAGAUGACAACAGUAGACAAAGUAUGAAUGAUAUAUCUGAAAUAUCACUGAAAAAGUUGAGCCCAAGUAUUCUUCCUCCUCCCCCUUCCCCCUCAAAUUAUAACUUCAUUCCAGAUUCUCCAUUUUAUCAACCACCAUCCCCAUCUACUGAGUUCUUGAAUCCAAACUCUCCACUGUCAGCAUUAGCAAAAAUUUUCACGUCACCCUCUUUGUCACGGCCUCUUAACAUGAUGACGCCUUCUCCUCUAAACAGGACAGACUAUGAAGAUAAACCAAUUGACAUGUCCCCAAAAUCAUCAGAAUCUCACCUGAAUUUUAGCAGAUCAAAUUCCUACCAGGAUUUGUACCAUAGUGAUAAAAAUGUACCCAACUACAGACAUCAAAGCGAGGGAAGUGCAAGGUAUGAUCAGGAUACUCAUACUUUCAGUGGAAACCCAGCCAUGCACCAGCAGGUGAAUGUAAACAGAAGCGAUUACUCUGAAGCACCAAUACAGAGCUCUGAUGGCAACUCCAGUCAGUAUCUACCUCCCAGGCAAAUCUCUGAACCUAGAAAUCAAGAUAUGAUACCUAAGUGUAUAACUCAGUGGAGCGCUGAUGGUUCUUUAGAUACAUCUCAAGAAGUUUUUGAUAUCACAGAAGCUCAGAGUCCAGACCAAGGGACAAUUUCAUCAACAUCAUGUUCAUCUCCACGUAGAGGCCCACAGACCCCUGGAACUGGUGAAUUCAAAUUGCCCUAUAUAAAAACAGAGCCUUCAGACGUAGCAAUGCAUCCAAUUAUAUCGUCCACACCAGCUGUUCGAAAGACACGUACAGAUUCAAAGAACUUCAUCUGCCAAGUCUGCAAUGAUAUGGCUGCUGGAUUCCACUGUGGUGCCUAUGUAUGCGAGGCAUGUAAGAAAUUUUUCCUGAGAUGUACCAAGCAAGAUGUUGUUAAGUACAUGUGUGGGAAGCAGGGAAGUUGUAUCAUAACCAGAGAAACGCGAACACAGUGUCAGAGCUGCCGAUAUGAGAAGUGCCUAUUUCUUGGCAUGCAUAAGCCAGGUGAAAAUCCAAACCCAGCACCAGUCAUAUCUGAGAUACCAUGUCGUGUGUGUGGGGCACGAUCCUCCGGCUAUCACUUUGGGGCGAUAACAUGUGAGGGUUGUAAGGGCUUUUUCCGACGCACCAUAAAGGAGCGUACUGCUGAUCAAUACCUCUGCUCACGAGUGGGAAAUUGUGAGAUUACCCUCGAAUCACGGAAUUCAUGCAAAUAUUGCCGCUACAAAAAAUGUCUUGAUGCAGGGAUGACUCCAGAUGGAAGUCGCAUUGGUCGUCAACCAAAUGCUGUAAAACAUGAAACGAUGUUGGAAUUGAAGCAUAUGCAGAUGAUGAAACAGGAAGUUACAUCACCAGUCAGUGAAGCUCAAAUUCCAAGCCCAACUACGACAAUUCAAAAUCGGAACCCAAUAGCUAGUAUAGCAUAUAGGAGUCCCCUACAGAGACCCCUUAGUUAUGAAAAAGAAAACUUUGAUGUUUCUCCUUACUCUACUGAGGAGUCUCACAAUGUGGCAGUGAAUGAGGAAACCACUAUACUACCAGAUUUAGAAUUGGCUGAUGGGGUUUUCUCCAAAGAAAUAUCUGAACUACAAUCUGCAGUUUUUGAAGCUUAUAAGGAAAUUAAACAUCUAAAUGUUCGGCCUGACAAGGCCAAGCUGGUCACUGACCCAACUGACAACCAAGCUGUUUGGGAUAUGAGUAUGGAGGUUUUCAUACACAGUGCAUAUUCUCUCCUUGCCUAUGCCAAGAAAAUACCAGGUUUCCGUGAAUUUCCUGUUGAAGAUCAAAUCCUCUUACUGCAGAAUGCCAUCUAUCCAGUAUGUCAGACAUUAUAUUCUCAAAAAUAUGACCUAGCGACAUCAACUUAUAAUUACUUCUGCUUCGAGGACUAUGAGAAAAAGGCUAUAUGGGAUCUAAUCCCACAUUUCAAAGGGAUUGAGAGUCAUUUUCAUAUGGUUGGUCAAAGUCUGCAACCCUUGAAGAUGGAUGACAUGGAGUAUUCAAUAUUCUGUGGCCUACAGCUCGUAGCAAUCUCAGGUAAUCUUGGGCUGACUGCAAAAGCAAAACUGGAUGCCAUGCAUGGUAAACUCUGCAUGGUCCUCAAAAAAUACCUCGGUGAAAAAGGUGCACCUUCUCAUAGAUACGAUGAAGUGGUUUCAAGACUGACAGUCUUAAAGCAAGUUGGGAAUAGUCAUAAUGAGAUCAUCAAGAAGCUACAUUCUGACAUGCCUCACCUCCCAUUGCCACAACUGUUUACAGAAAUGUUCUUAAAUGAUUGAUGCUAAUAGCAGCACUAUACAGAAAUGUUCUUGAAUGAUUGACGCUAAUAGCAGCAAUAUACAGAAAUGUUCUUGAAUUGAAAUCAGCAGUUCACAGACAUGGUUAUGAAUGAUGACAAAAAGAACAGCUAUGUUACCCACCUUAAUGAUUUUGAAUUAACAUAAUAUCUGCAGUUAUGGAGAUGUUAUGUGAGCCAUGUACAGGGUGUCAAUAAAAUGAGCUUUAAUUUGAUAUACACUGUAUAGUUUGUGAGGGUGCCCAUCCCCUGUAUUGGCUGUGGAGGGGUCACAGCACAAAUUGACACCCUGUACAUGUAUUAUACAUACAAAUAUGCCUCUGAUUAGU